UAUUUCAGUUCCAUCAUGGCGGCCAUCUGGUGAAAUUUUCAAGCUGCGUUUUUCCUCAAAAUGGUUCAAUUUUGAGCGCCUUUCUGUCUGACAGAAGCCCCAAAACUUGACAGAGCACAGCACAGUGGUUCAAAGCACCAGGUGUCAAGAUGGUGCUGAAUGAGACAACACUGCCCCUGAAAAUGAAUGGAGUUGUGAGGUUCUUUUCGGGGGCCCAGGGGAUGACUAUGAGGAAGAGUGGACAUUUCAUCCUCAAACAGAACAACAGAGGAGAAUAUAUUCUGGAGGUUAAGCCGAAGUAUGGUGGAAAUUGUGAGAUGAAGGUGAGUCAGAUGAUUAACAACAAGACCUACUUGGACUCAAGCAGGACAGAAGAGACAAAGAUUGUGGCUCACUUCAAACACAAAGAUGAAAGGAAAGCUGCUUGGCUAGAAGAAGGUGACCCUAAAGAAGUCCAAAUUUUCUGGCAAUGUUUGGAGGAGGCAAAGAAACUGAGUAAAGAUGGGAAGAGUCGGAUGCCAGCUGGGCGUAUUGUGUCCCUAAGGGCCAGUCCACCAAUGGCAGCCCAGCCUAAGGCCGCGCCCAUAACGCUAUCCACUCCUGUGUUACCCGGGCUGACACCGUCUAAGAAGCGACCUAGGGACCAAGAGAACCAAACACCCAGCAAGUCUAUGAGACAGGCCAAUAAUGUGAGGACUCCAGCUAAGCACUCGGGACAGGCCACACCAACAAAGGGAGAGCAGACCCCCAGUAGAAGCCACGCCCCCCUCCGUGCGCCCACCCCCCGUCCGGACAGCAGCAAACGCACCCCCCGUCCUGACACUAAACCCACCCCAGGGAGGGAUAGUAGUUUGUCCCAAUUCAAACGUGAACACGUUAGUGUUGAGAAAGCCUUGGAGUCUGUAACUGCCACUGAUGAAACCUCUACACAACGGACUGAUACAAAGCUAAGGGAGAACUCCACUCAAAAGGAUCGGCCACCAAUUGUUUCAAGAAAAGGAAAUUUGGACUUCCUUGAUUCAGCCAAGAAGAAGUUUGAGGCAGGUGAUGAGAAGAGAAAGUCUUCAGCCGUUUCAUUGUCCACCAGUUUCUAUGGCAACUCUGCCUCAAGGAACUUCUCCUUCCUGCCCAAGCACAAACUAGCCAUGAUGCCUGCCCCUCAGCAUAAGAGACUUCGCCAAGCUGAGAACUACACAGGCUGGUCAGACAAGAACAAGGGACUGGUCAAGUCUCAGACACACCCUUCACUACAAGGGUUCUCGAAUCUGGGGAACACGUGUUACAUGAACGCCAUUCUGCAGGCGCUACGCGGCACGCAGACGUUCAGUACUGACCUCAUCUACAACGAGGUCAGGAAAAGAAUGGAUAACACAACACUAUACAGGAACAUCACUGCGUUGUUCCAAUACUGCAACACACCCACAGAGGAACAGGAGGCUGGGAAAAAGCAGCAGUAUCUGAAGGGGGUGAAGACAGCAGUGUCAUCGUCCGCACAGAGGUUCUCUGGCUACUUACAACAUGAUGCCCAUGAGUUCCUGAGCCAGUGUCUGGACCAACUCAAGGAGGACAUCAAAAAGGUUCGAUCAGCCGAGGCCAAGAAGAGUGGCGAUGACAAGGAGACCCUCUCAGACAGUUCAGACGACUGUGGCCUGCCGUGUCCUGUGAGUCAGAACUUCCAGUUUGAAGUGAUCCACACCAUCAGGUGUACCAACUGUGAGGAUGUUGUCAUCAAAAAGGAGAAGUUUCACGACUUGUCCCUGACCCUGCCCAGGAAAAGGAAAGACAUGAAUCCCAGAUCACUGCAGGAUCUGUUGGACCAUUUCUUCUUGGCUGAAGACAUUGAGUACGCAUGUGGGCAGUGUAAGAGUAAGAAGAGCAGAGUGUCGCACCAGUUCACCAAACUACCAAGGGUACUGAUUCUCCAUCUGAAGAGGUACAACUACAACCAUGUGAUGUCAGUGAACCGGAAGAUGGAACAGCCGGUGUUCCUCCCCCUGUACCUGACCCUGCAGAGUCACUGCACGGAGGACACUUUUCCCUGCCGCCCUCCCCCCAUCCCUCCUUCUCCUCCCCGGCAGCACACAGAAAGGAGAACGGGCACUUCAGGGGACCGCAGGAGCACUUUGACAUCAGCCAAGAAGACUUACAGUUUCAAGCCGUCCAGGAUACAGGAUAGAACACAGACUGUAAAAUCAGCGGCAGACUCCAGCCAAAGGAAUGGGAACAUCAAGGCUACAUCUCAACUUGCCACUGAGGAGGAAAUAGAGAUACAGAAGGCUAUUCUGCUGAGUAAAGAGACGGCUGAAGCAGAGAAACUCCGACAGAACGGGGACUUCACUCUGGACAAUGUUAGUGAGGAGGAACAGGUCCGUUGGGCACUGGAGAAUAGUAUGGUGGACCUCCAAUCCGAAGAAGCUCCCAAGCAGCAAGAUUUGACCCUCAUGCCCCCCUGUCUACUUACACCAUUGAACAAGGGAAACAACAAGAAGGUAGACAACGCUGAAGGACAGACACAAAGCAAACCGCCUUCCCAGAAUCCUCCUCCUAAAAUCAGGCACUCCAUUGUCAGUAAUGGGAACAUCAACCAAUCGAGUGGAGACGAUGUACUGAGUAUGCCAGACUUCUCCGAAGCAGAGGGAACCUUUGAGAUCCAAUUCGUUGAGGAACCUCCAACCGUAGGUCUGUGUGGUGGAAAUGACAACCCGAAUUACUCCUCCCCAGACCAGGUCAAGCGAAGGCACCACUCAGAGGGGGGUGCAACAAAACUUGGACUGUCCAGUAGUAAAAAGAAGAGGCUUAGCUCCCCCGGAGGUGGUAGUGGUAGAGCCCAGAAGAGUCUUCCUUUAACCAACAUCAAUGGGCAAAGGACUUUGGGGAAAUGGUUGAGGAGGAACUGCUUCACACAAGACAGUGAGGUGAAAGUGAGUUGUGAAGAAAGUCCAAAGGAGGUCGAGCUUUCUAACAACAGUGGUGAUGCCGAUUCUGAAGGAAGGAAGGAAGAAAAGACCAUGCCAAGGGAUGAAAGUGCCAACAGUUCUCAAGAAGAAAAGGUGCAAUCUUCCACACAGCUGGAAGAGUUCAAAAGAAGGAAAGAAGAAAAGAGCAUACCAAAGGAUGACAGCUCUCAAGACACUGACACAGAUUCUGCAGUACAUCCAGAUGAUAUCUUAAGCAUAUCCUCUGACUUGGAGGUAACCAGUGAGAAUGAAAUACCACAGGUGACAAUGCCACCGUUAAGAACUGAAUCUCAAAAGAAGAACGUAAGGCAAGCUGUGAAGAGGUCGGAAGUUGAAAUCAAGAGUGAACAAGAUGAUUACAAACAAAUCUCCCCUCAGAAAAAGGAUCCUAAAGUAGCUGGUGACACUAAAACAGUGGAUGAAGAUAAAGCUGUUGCAACUUUUCACAAAGACUUGGCCGAACAGCCUUCAGUGAAAAUUGAAUCCAAGGCUAAAAACAAGGAGGAAGCUCCCUCUGGUGCCUCAUCCCAGCGUAGAGCAAGCAGCGACAACGCUUCCGCCGACCCAAACAACAACCAAGACUUAAACAACAACUCGGAGGCCGACGUGGAAAGCGAGAGCGACAAGGAAAACCAGCAUCCGGACGAAGAGGUCACAGAUCAAGCGCCGGUUCAAGGUCCGAGCUUGCCGGACUGGGUGGCGGAGCAAGCUGCGCAGGGGGUGCCGAGCUAUCGUAGUCAGGAGGAGGAAGACUUGACUAGAGCGAUGGAGGCGAGUAUGGCCAUGUUUAGGGAACAGAAGGAGAAAGAGGACGAGGAUUUGAGAAAGGCCACAGAGCUCAGUCUGCAAGAAUAUGAGUCCUGUGACAAUGGUGAAUAUGAAGAUGACACCAUGGAAGAAGAAGAAGCCAUGGUUGAGAUCGCCAGGUCUGUGGAGGAAGCUGAGGACAUAAGGAAGAAUGCUGAGACUGGACACUUGCCAUACUCCUUCCGUCUGGUCAGCGUAGUGAAUCACAUCGGCAAGAAGUCAUCCUCAGGGCAUUACAUCAGUGAUGUUUAUGACAUGCAGACGUGCAGAUGGCAGAAGUGGGAUGAUUCUCAUGUGGACUGGACCUCAGAGAAGGUGGUCAGGGAAGAAUGCCAGACAUCCGGAUAUAUCUUCUUCUACAUGGACAAUGAAUGUUUUAAGGACGUUAUUGCCCAAAGUCAACCCAGCAACCACCACUGACUGUCCAGUACCGACGAAAACACCAGCCAUACAUGUAGUCUUCUAGUAUAAAAAUGUAUGUUUUCACAAGUCAGAUUAUGAUUCAUAGGACAGGGGUUCUAUGUUAAAGAGGGGCUUUGUACAGUCAUAGUCCACCCCCUGGUACUGACUGCCAUAGAGUAUACUACAAACACUGAAUGAAAUGUCAGGUACAGAUAUUCAUGUACAUCUGGUGUGACCUGUAAAAUUGUAAAUGUUUGUUAAUAUACAGGAUGGUUUCCAAGCUGUUGUAAAGCAACCUACAAAUGCUUGAGCAGUGUUGAAACAGUGAGAUUGAGAUACAUGAUUGUACAUGUUGUCUAUAAGAUGUGGAACUGCAUCUCCAUGGAAACAGUUUCCAAGACAACCAUGUAAACAUUAGAGCAAGGUUUAUUUACUUUCAGUGCUUACAUGUUCUUUAUAUUUUGUUUCAAGAGUUCUUGUGCAACAUUUGAUGACUGUGUUAGUUCUGCAAUUUUGUGAACAUCUCAGAAGUUAACUUAAGCUAUGAUUCGCAAUAUUAAGUUUUUGCCAACACUGUAACAAACAGCUUGCUUCCCUGGCUUUCAAAGAUUAAAAGAAGACAAAAUAUAUGGUAUUUGUACUUAAGAACAGUGGGACUUAAGUUGCUAUACAUGUACUUUGUUAAGAGUAUGAGUGAAAGUAUUUACACAAAUGUACAAUGUAGUAAUAUACAAAGAUAUAAGACAUGUUGACUGCUUAUGAUUUUGGUGAUUUGAUAAAGAUACUGUGGAUGAUGCAUGUUGCACUCUUAGUGAAUUAAAACUGCCACAACUUAAAGAAAAUGUUAUAUCUUAUGUCUAGAGUGAUAAUUUAAUACCUUUUUGUUUAUCAUAUUUUUUCCCCUUUUGAGUUCACUUAUUUUGGUAGCAGAUAGAAUUUACUAAAAGGAAGAUGCUGCAAGCUUUAGUUGAUCGCAUAAUGUUGUCCUGCCAGUUUCUGUUGCAAAGUCUCAUUAUUUAGUGCAAUUAGAAAAAUGCAUUAUAAGUUGUGAAUGGCGCACCUACAUAUCUUGUGUAUUCUUAUAAUUCUACUAUUAAGAAGUUAUUGACAAGCCAAACAGUUAAAGAACUUUGUAUGUCUGUUUACCUACAAUGCGCAGGUUCUGAUCCAAAAGUUAUGUUCUAUUGUACAUUGUUUAGCAGGCCUAUAAUAGCUACGUAUACUUGACUUUACAAUUACAUGCAGUUUCCUUGCGCAAUAUGCCACUAUGUGUGUGCUUGAAUCAUAGUUGUACUUGGGUACAGACAUGAUGUAUUGAGAUUUGUAUUGGAAAGUUUGCACAAUUAUUUAUAAGCCUAUAAUGUUGGAUAGCCAUCAGAAUUUCAAGUUACAUGUACAUUGUACAACUCUCUACUGUCUUUUAUUCUGGUGACAACAAAACAGCAAAUCGCCUUUGUGGUAAUCUUAACUUAAAUGAGUAACGUUAUACAUGUACAUAUACUUUCUUCAGCUGUCAAAGCCUUAUGUCAGAUUUUCUAGAAUUCUGAUGAAAGAAGAAAUAAAGCAAAACAUGUUUAGUGAA